AUGAUGAACAGGUUCAUAAAUAGUGCUGCUGCAAUAAAUAGACAUACACGUAUUGCACAAAGUCUGGUUGGUCUGUCAACACCGACAUUGCGAUCAAACAUUGUCACUGGUCCAUUGUCAUCAGUAUCUCUGCUCACCUCUGCUUCAGCACCAUCAUGUGCAUCAAACCAGACACGUUCAAUCUGGGUCAUUGGAAAGGAUGCUAUACCAAAGGAUUACGUCGAUCCUAACGCACCAACUACCUAUAAACUAAAGACUAUAUAUACAUUCAAUAGAGUUGCCAAGGGACGUCCAGGUGCAAAGGCAACUAGAUAUCAUGGCUUUGUACCAUGCACAAUCACAGGAGGCGGUCUGCCUCUGCGCAAUGUCGCCGUAGAGUGGGGCAGAAUCUUUGGUCUGACAAAGACAGGUCACUUCUACACCAACAGGAAAUACGUUCUGAAUAUCGAGGAUAAGGAGAAGAUCGUUGUGAAGCUGUCCAAUGUUGAGAUGCAUGCAGUGACUGAACGUGCGAUGUUUAUCAAGUUUACAAGAACCGAAGAUAAUCCAGAGACUGUGAAGGAGUUGACAUUGCCACAUCUGGUGGUGGAGAAGAAGAGAGACGAAGAGCGACAGGCUAAACUAUUGAAGAAGCAGCAGUACAGGGAAUUGAUGAACAUCGAUCUCACAUUCAAGCCUGCAGUUCGCAAAUCAGAUAUGACUGCU